UUCGGGUUUUUCAUGAGAUACCCCCGAGGUUUAAGUUUAUUCACCAGGUACCCUCGUUGUUUCAGUAAUCCACCAGGUACCCCUCAGGUUUCAUUUUCUCGCAUGACUUAACCCUGCCGUUAAGUGGCCGUUAGAAACUUUUUUUCACCAGGUACCCUCGUAAUUUAUUUCACCAGGUACCCCUGAGGUUUCUUAGUUUUUCACCAGGUAUCCUUAUGUUUUAUGGUAAUUUCACCAGAUACCCCUGCUCACCAACGGCUACUUUUUUUAAAAAAAACUGGCUGGUAUGGAACUGCAUUCCAUAAGUCCAUAAGUCUUUCUGGGUUGCUGCAAAUGCAUACAACCCAUAUGUGUACAACAAGGCAAUGGAGAAGAUUGCCAAAAUUGAUCCAAAGGUUGUUGAUUAUCUGUCCCAAGUGCCAAAGCAGUGGUCAAGGCACAAGUUUGAACCACAAGUGGUUUAUGAUCACAACACCACCAAUUUUGUUGAAUCUUUCAACGCUUGUACCAAGCCUUUUAGAGACAUGCCAGUGUACACUCUGAUGGAAGAGGCUGGGAGUUGGUGUAUGAAGAAGAUUGGGUCUAGAUUUGGCAAGGCUAUAGAAAUGGGACCAAACCAAUUGACUGAAUAUGCUGCUGGGGUAUUAGAAGAGAGGAGUCAACAGUCUAGGUUUUGUUCUGUAACAGCUGCUGUGGGAGGGGAAUAUGAAGUGAAAGAGGGGGCUGUCAAAUACCCUAUUAAGUUAGAUGCAAGGACUUGUGGUUGUGGAGUAUGGCAAAUAUCUGGCAUACCUUGCAGACAUGGCCUUAGGGUUAUUUACCACCAAAGACUUGAGGCUACUGAUUUUGUGUCUCACUACUUCAAAGGGCAAGCAUACAAGUUAACUUACUCAGAGCACAUGCACCCCAUGCCUGACCCAACCCAAUGGCCUUCUUUUGACCUUUCUAUUAUCCUCCCACCACCCAUGAAGAGAGCAUCAGGUAGACCCCCUAAACUGAGAAAAAGAGGUAAACAUGAUACUAGAAUAAAAAACAUUAGAAUGCCAUUUUUUAUAGCUCCAUGCAUUAAUUUCUUUUGUUGCUCGAGUUUCUUCUUCAUUUGGUGAAUUUCUUCAUUCAAGCUUCUAUUUUCUUCAAUUUCUCCUUCCUUUGUGCUACCUUUGUUGUUUCUCAUUGGCAGUGGUUGCUCAAUGCUUCCCUUGCACCACUUGAAGUUGUCACAUAAGUCACACUUGUAAUAUAGUUUUUGAGGAUUUUUCAUUGUUUCAGAACUUCUUAUUGCAAAUUUUUUCCCACAUAUGUUGCAUGUUUUGUUUGGAACUACAACGUAUGAGGAUUCAUACGUUGUAGAGGAAGAUUGAGAUUGAGAAUAUGAGCUCAUUUGAAAGUGAGUUGGGAAAUAGGGAAAAUAUGAGUUGGUUAAUGGGAAGAACAGAAAGUUGUAGUGAAGAGUUGCUGAUGCUCCCCCUUUAAAUAGAGAAGGCUCACCAACGGCUAGUUUUUUUAGCCGUUGGUGAGCUGGGGUAUCUGGUGCAAUUACCAUAAAAACAUAAGGGUACCUGGUGAAAAUCUAUGAAACCUCAGGGGUACCUGGUGAAAUAAAUUACAAGGGUACCUGGUGAAAAAAAGUUUCUAACGGCCACUUAACGGCCACUUAACGGCAAGGUUAAGUCAUGCGAGAAAAUGAAACCUGAGGGGUACCUGGUGGAUUACUGAAACAACGAGGGUACCUGGUGAAUAAACUUAAACCUCGGGGGUAUCUCA